AUGCACAGUACCAACAUGUCACGCUCCAAAUCAAGAUCCGGCUCGAUUGAUUUUGGACAGAAGAACCACUAUUCAUCGGUCUUUUCUAGAACCCUUUCUGCAUCAAAGCUUUGUAGAGGGAAUGAUGCUUUAGUCUCUCAAAUUGAUUCGAACGCCCUUAAAUUUGUCGAUAAGAAACCUUCCAAGAAUUGGACGGAUAAAUUUUUGAUAAUGCAGCAACAGAUGGGGCAGCUCGAGGCAGAGCUGCAACGGAUUAGGGAAAAAUUGAGCGUUGUCGAGAUAGAAAGAGAUCAAGCCCUUGAUGAAAUUAGAAGGGUAGAAAGAGAGCAUGCCUGUAAUGAACUUAGAAGGGCAGAAGGCGAUCACGAGACAAAGUUGUCUCCCGAAAAGUUUAGGGAACUAGUGAUGGAGCUCAAGAGAAAUAAUCGUGAUUCUGGUGAAGAAGAAAUUAAAGACCACAAGUCUGAGCUCCAAAAGAUGAAGGAGAAUCUGGCUCGUGCUGAACAAGGUGAAACGCAAGCUUCAUUGAAGGCCAGGAGUCCACUUGAUGAGAUGGAAUUGCUCAAGAAUGAAUUCAAAUUGGCCAUUGAGGCAGAACAAAAGAGCGCAAAGGCCAUGGAAGAUUUAGCAUUGGUGCUGAAAGAAGUUGCUGCAGAAGCCAAUCAAACAAAGGAAAAACUCAUUAAUUCACAAAUGGAAAUUGUGCGAGUAAGAAGUGAAGCAGGAGGACUUAAAACAAUGAUUCAGAGCACCGAGGAAAGGUAUCAAAAACUUUUGAAUGAAGCUAAACAAGAAGCAGAAUUACACAGAAAUACUGCAGACAGACUCAAAUUAGAAGCUGAAGAGUCCAUUUUGGCUUGGAAUGGGAAGGAAAAGGGGUUUGUUAGUUGUAUAAAAAUAGUUGAAGAGGAAAAGGCUAUUAUGCAACAUGAAUGCACUAAACUCAGGGAGUCCCUCAAGGCGGCUGAGCAUACAAGUAGGGUAGCAAGGGAAGAAACGUUCAAAUUGAGGGACAUUCUUAAGCAGGCUAUUAAUGAAGCUAAUGCUUCAAAAGUGGCUGCAGGCAUUGCCAUAGAUGAAAAUUCCCAAAUCAAGGAUUGCCUCUCCGAGAAAGACGAGGCCUUACUUUUUCUUACUCAAGAGAAUGAACGCCUUAGAAUUAAUGAGGCUGCUGCUCGUGAGAAUAAGAAGGAGUACAAGAAGUUGCUUUCUACUGCAUCAACAGAAUUGAAGAUUGAGGAUAAGGGGCAGCAUGUAAUGCUGAAGCCACCAGAUUCAGUGGACCAGAAGCAUGAUGACGAGAAUAUGAACAAAACUUUCAGCUUCAAUCUUGAAGAUCUGAAGUUCAUGAAUGACCCUGAAGAUUUAGAUGAAAAUCCCAAGAAGGCAGAGUUGGGAUUUAAAUCGACCACUACAUCUCUAUGUUUUAGUGGUCAAGCUUACAAAUCUCUAUUUUUCAGGUUUCGAAUUGAUCCCACGCCUCAGAAGUUGACGACAAUUGCAUUGCAACAUGGUCAAAACGUGGAUUACCUUGCGUGA